AUGGGGGAUGUUGCUCAUGUGAAAGAAGUCGCACAGACGCGCGAGGAGUUCAUGGAGCUGUACUUUGCAAACAAGCAUCAACUCAUCGAGACAAUUAAAACCAAACUCCUCCAACUCUCCGAGUCGACCAUUAUCACUGAAAUUGUCAAAAUGAUAUACCGUGACAACGAUACAUUUACUAAUCAGAUCAUGUGCGGCAACUUCACUUUAGACUUAAGGAUGUUACACGUAGAAACUGUAUUCUUAAUUUGGGUGUUUCUUAGAGAAGUGAAAAGAGUUCCCGACCUUCGUGCUGAGCAGAUCAUCGCGCUCUAUCAAAUAUGA